UCCUAGCUGCCAUUAAAGGACCAUAACUCUCUCACAAGUUUUCCACUCCCAAAUUCCUUGUUCCAACAACAGAUCAACUUAGAAUUGAUUAGCUAGCCAUGUCUGCGACCAUAAAGAAAAUAUUUUUGCUGCGAUUGGUGCUGGUUGCAAUAGAGGUGCUACUAGUAUCAUCCCAAACGGUGGAUAUUACAAGAGAGGGUUGCCAAGACAAAUGUGGCAAUGUUAGCAUUCCCUAUCCGUUUGGAACAAGAGAGGGUUGUUACUAUGAUGAGGAUUUCCUCAUUACUUGUAAUAGCACAAGUUAUAACCCUUCGAAGCCAUUUCUUCGAGUGAGUGACAUUGAGGUCACAAACAUAUCCAUUGAUGGGAAACUCUAUAUUACUCAAGACAUAGCCAGGGCUUGUUUUACCAAAUCAGGUGCGCCCUAUUAUGGCAACUACAACCCUUAUCUCUCUUUGAAAAAGUUCUACAUCUCAGACACCGACAACAAAUUCACAGGUGUUGGUUGUGACACCUAUGCCGAAAUUAAGGGCUACCAGGGUAUAAGCCUCAUGUACACAGGUGGCUGCUUUUCAAUAUGUCAAAGCACGGCCUCUAUUUCUAAUUAUUCAUGCUCUGGUAUAGGUUGUUGCCAAACACCUAUUGCUAAAGGAAUGACUUACUUUACCGUAGGCGUAGGCAGCUACAAUAAUCAAACGGAAGUGUGGAAUUUCAAUCCCUGCAGCUAUGCUUUUCUUGUCCAAGAGGGUAAGUUCAACUUCACCUCCGACAUGUUGAGCGAUUUAAGAAAUGUCUCUCAGUUUCCAGUGGUUCUCGAUUGGUCGAUUGGAAAUGAGACAUGCAGCCAGAUCAAGAACAAUGCAUGUAAGGGGAACGCCAAGUGUUUGGAUGUCAAGAAUGGGCUCGGGUAUCGCUGCAAGUGCAACGAAGGUUACGAAGGGAAUCCAUACCUAAAUGGAUGCACUGACAUUAAUGAAUGCAAGGAUCCGGUGAUUGCCAACAAGUGCAAACAAAGAUGCAUAAAUACAGAGGGGAACUAUACGUGUGCUUGCCACAAGGGGUACCAUAACAAUGGCACAGCAGACUCGGUAGAUUGCAUCGCUGACCACCAAACAAUAUUUGUUCAAAUUAUACUUGGGAUCGGUGUUGGCCUCAUAUCCUUAUUAAUAUGCAUCUCUUGGUUGUACUUGGUCUACAAAAGAUGGAAGCUCAUGAAGCUCAAGGAGAAGUUCUUCAUCCAAAAUGGAGGAUUGAUGUUAAAGCAACAGCUUUCGGAACGACAAGGUGGUGCCUCUAACCAAACGGCCAAAAUCUUCACCGAAGACCAACUUAAGAAGGCUACCAACCAUUUCAGUGAAGCCAGAAUCGUUGGCAAAGGAGGUUUCGGUACAGUCUACAAAGGGAUUAUAGCAGAUGAAAGAGCUAAGGAAACAGUGGUUGCAAUCAAGAAAUCCAAACUUGUGGAUCGAAGCCAAAUAGAGCAAUUCAUUAAUGAAGUAGUGGUGCUUUCCCAAAUUAAUCACAGGAAUGUGGUGAAGCUUUUGGGUUGUUGUUUCGAGACAGAAGUCCCACUACUGGUUUAUGAGUUUGUCACCAAUGGUACGCUAUUCGACUACAUCCACAACAAAAGCAAGGAAUCCAACUUUGCUUGGGAAAUUCGUUUAAGGAUAGCUGCAGAAACUGCUGGAGUGCUAUCACACUUGCACUCUGAAGCUUCUAUUCCCAUCAUUCACAGAGAUGUCAAGUCCACAAACAUACUCUUGGAUGAUAAUCUUACAGCAAAAGUGUCUGAUUUCGGUGCCUCCAGAUUGGUUCCGUCAGAUCAAGCUCAGCUCUCUACAGUGGUGCAAGGAACGGUAGGGUAUUUGGACCCUGAAUACUUACAGACGAGCCAGUUGACUGACAAGAGUGAUGUCUAUAGCUUUGGGGUUGUUCUUGUGGAACUACUAACAGGAAAGAAGGCGCUUUCGGUCGACAAGCCGGAAAAGGAGAGAAAUCUAGCCAUGUAUUUUCUUUCUGCCCUGAGAGAGGACCGAUUGGUAGAGGUGAUUGAUGGUAGUGUCAUUAAUGGAGCAAACGUUGAGCAGCUUAAGGAAGUUUCAAACCUUGCAAAGAGGUGUUUGAAAGUAGAAGGAAAAGAAAGACCAACCAUGAAGGAAGUGGCAAUGGAGCUUGAGGCACUGAGAAGGAUGGUAAUGCAUCCAUGGGUUAGUAAUGAUGAAUCCAAUGCAGAGGAGAAUGAACACUUGCUUGAUGAAAUAACACUGGAAACUUUUAGUCAUGGAGGUGGUGGGGAUACGAGUUCUGGGUAUGAUACCAUGAGGAACCCGUUCACAUUACCAGUUGAUGAUGGGAGAUAAUUGUGCCGCUGGUGCUGAACUAGUCCAUUUGACAAUGUGCCGCGUCUCUGUGAUUGUCUUGCUAGGCUUGUUGAGUCUGUUCUACGGAAAUGCAUGGAAUCCUUAGCUUCUUUCUUCAUCCUUGUCUUCUUCUUGGUGGGAGUUGUAGAUAGUUGUGAUUUGUGACUGCCAUUUGUGCCCUGUGAGCCGGUGACAAAUAUUUUCCAGUCUAUAAUAACUUUUCACCUUUUAUUUUUCCCCUUAGUUGUGUAGUGUGUGUAGAGAGACUUGAGGAAAAAUAGUCUUGAAUAUCAGGCAGAAAGCAAUGCUAUCUCUAUUAGAAAUUAUGUGCAGUAAAAUGUCAAUUCUUGUAAUUGAUUAUCAAAUUA